ACAGACGGACACUUCAAGCUUGACUUUGUCAGGUGUCAAUUGUCAUACUUUGUAUGUAUUUAUUGUUUCGGACGCAAUCGGAGCUUGUCGUAGAGUCGUCGUAGAGAAGCUGGCUGGCUGGAGUAGCUGGGUCGCAGCUUCGAAGAGAACGACCCGAAAAAACCCAAAUACAAGCGACCAAAACAAAUGGCUGUUAAACCACCUGAAUCCGUAGGCGAAGUGAAACGGCAGAGAUGGACCUUCACGGUGUCUGCACCAGAUGUUGGACCCAAAGAGAAAAUGUUCAUAACAGGCAGUAUUCCAGAACUUGGUGAGUGGGACAAUAACAAAAUAGUUGUGCUCGACCAGGAAGAAAGUACGGAUUUGUGGUGUACAUCCAUAAUAAUUCCAAACACCUGUGAUAUACUCUACCGCUAUGGUAAAUGUAUUGUAAAUGAAGAAAAUCCUGAUGAUAUUAUUAUUCGCCAAUGGGAAACGCAUCAGCUGCCACGAAUUCUAAAAGAAUCAGUUCUUCAUCCUUAUACUGAUACUUAUGGUGACCAUCAUGGUAAAAAGACUGUUUCUUCUGGUUGGCUGACUGUGUCAACAUUAUUGCAGUUUAAAUUUGUGAACAAUCCCCUAAAACUGCACAGCUGCCUCUCGAAAAGAAUUAUGAGAAUAAAAAUAACUCCAGUGAAAUUGUCUUUUGGGACAGAAGGGCAGACAGAUGAGUCAUCCCUUAGUAUGGACAUGGGAAGUGUGGCAUCAGGAGUGCUUGUUGAUGUGUCUACACUUCACAAUGACCCAGCUCUUUGUACCAUGAAGCCACAGGAACAGUUUGGAAGAGAUUACAAUCCAGAUGAUGUAUUAUUGAUCAAUGUGACUGCUCCUGAUAUUAAAGCUCUAGCGUACCUAGUUGAUUUAUAUUCAUACAGCAGUCGAGCUGGACCAGAAGAUCCCCCAUGCCAUGUAGGCUAUGCGUAUGUGCUGCCAAAUAUGUUUAAGUCAUCUGAAGGAUCGUUGGAUCUGCCUGUGACUUGUAAUGUGAAACAUCGCCCCUUAGGAACAAUGAAUAUUGGUUACUUAAUUGUUAAUCCUAUGCCUAAGCAGCUUUGCGACCUGAAGUUUUCAUUAGCUAAAUUUUGGGAUCCAUCCUGGACUGGCUUGGAGGUUGGACAUAGAGGAUUGGGUGCCAGUUUUAAAACCAAAGAUGGAGAUGCAAUUCGUGAAAAUACCAUUGCGUCACUUAAAAAAGCAGCUGCUAGUGGUGCAGAUUUGCUAGAAUUUGAUGUGCAGUUGAGUAAAGACAUGGUGCCAGUCAUUUAUCAUGACUUUUAUGUUUGCAUAUCUAUGAAGCGGAAGAGAGAAGUGGAGCAUACAGAAAUGUUAGAGGUUCCUGUCAAGGAUUUGACUUUGGAACAUUUACAAAAACUGAAGGUAUACCACUUAGUUGAGGGCCGAAAUCAAGAAACAUUAUUUUUCGAUGAUGAGUUAGAAGAACAUCAACCAUUUCCUACUUUAGAGGAAACAUUGAAAAAAAUUGAUCCACAUGUCGGUUUUAAUGUUGAGUUGAAAUGGACUAUGGAGCUAAAAGAUGGAACCUUCGAAUUGAACAACCCGUUCGAUAUGAACACUUACGUGGAUAAGGUCUUAGAAGUAAUUCUAAAGCAUGCCGGAGAUCGUCGCAUUGUAUUUUCCUGUUUCAAUCCUGAUAUUUGCACGAUGGUCAGAUAUAAGCAGAAUAAAUAUCCCGUCAUGUUUUUGACUAUUGGUAUUACAAAACGAUAUGAACCAUAUCGUGAUCCUAGAUGCUCCAGCAUACCACUGGCCGUACAAAGCGCAGUUAGUACAGAAAUAUUGGGGAUUGUUGUACACACUGAAGAUUUGCUCAGAGACCCUUCCCAGGUGAAAUUAGCCACAGACGCUGGUUUGAUAAUAUUCUGUUGGGGAGACGACAUCGACAAUAAAAGUGUCGUAAAGAAGCUGAAAGAUAUGGGUCUGCAUGCAGUCAUUUAUGACAAACUGGACCAAUACACGACUAAAGAAGUCAAGGAGAGCAUAUUCCUGAUGGAGGCGCGUGAGUCGCAGCGUGACCUCAUGGAGCAGGCAGUUCUCGACGAUCUCCUCAACCUUUCCAAGCCUUCUUCUUCUUCGCACACUGGCAUGGAAGUAGAAAAUCAACCAGUCUUUGAUGUAUCCGUCCGCGAGGCAAUAGCUAACGCAUCCACUGUUACCUCGCUGGAAUCAGUCGUGUGCCCCGGGGAUCUAAGGGAAGAUGGGGACGUCAUCUCCCCAAUCGAUAAAGAGUCACAAGUGAAGGAACAACAAAACAACUUCAAAGCAGUUUAUCCAUACCCAUGCAGCGACUUGUCGAAGCUGAUGCCCAAGAAAAAGCGCAGACACUAAACGUUUUCUUGAAGUCUCUUUUCAAGAUAUAUUUGCUCAACUGUAUUUUGCUGUUUAACACACUCAUCAUGCUAUUUUUGUAUUCAAAUUAUUAUGUGAUUAAAUAAUACCUAUAAUAGUAUAAGUCUUGAACAAUUAUCAGUCAGUAUAGAUGUUGUGUUAACUCAGUACCUACGAAUUUAAUUAUUUUACACUAGAUUUAGGUACUGUUUUCAUAGGGGUUUCUUCAUUUUUAUAGAUUUUAAUCCUUUAAAAAUAAAUCUUCAUAUUGACAUUGGAUAAAAAAACAAGUGCGGAUUAGCUAUAGGGUGCGAAAAUUCUUCGGCAAAUUUAUCUUUUAUACAAGCUGUUGAUUUGCAUCAUCAUCACUAUACACAUAUUUUUGGAGUAUAUACUUAUCAAAAUAUUUUUGCACUAUGAAAAAAGCCUUGUGAUUAUGUAUUGAAUGCAAAAUGUAGGAUUGACCUCUUGUUCAAAAUGUCACAACUACCAAUACGUACCACAAUUAAGUAAUUCAAUGUAUCGGUGACCCUUAGAAGUUUUGUAUUAUCUAAAAUAUAACUGUAUCUUUUAAUAACCUUUAACUGCGGAUUUCAGUCAAUACAUCCGUGUUUUUGUUUAGGGUUUGAAAUUUCACAUAAUAAAUAUGAAGCCUUAUGUAAAAAUUAAUUCUCUAAUCUCAUAACAACGGAUGGAUGAAGUGAACAGUUAGCCAAUUUCACAAUCUCUUGUUUUAUUUCAGGGAUUUAAAAAAAUAUACAGGUUCCAUUGAAAGCAAUUCUAGAAAUUGUGAGUAAAUAAUUUCUGUGAUAUUUAUUUACAUAUUUAUUAAAUCAAUCAGUCCUAGCGCCAAGUGACGGCACGAUACCUGUUACAAAAUGAAAAUUUACGAUAAAAUUACAAAGUUAACUAGUACUAGUCACUAGUACAACAAAUUUUUACAUAUUAAGCUAUACCUACUAUAAAACUGCUCUCGCUUAAAAUACCAAUGCCGUACGUAUCAUGCCGUCAAUGGGCGCCAGGCCCAAGUCAAGUGAAAAAAUGAAUGUUAACCAUGUUUAGAUAUUUACUUGAACUUUUAUUAAAUAGGUACCAAAGCCUUAUAUUUUAUUUAAGUAUUUUACCUUGUAUUUUUAUAAUUAUUAUUUUGAAAUAAAUUGUAUCUGUGAUUCAA